AAAAAAUCCAAAUAAUUUCUCCUUAUUCUCAAAUUUUCUUUUUUAAUUUCGUUUUAAAAAAAAAAUCUGGCGUCAAUCCCUUUCGCCAGGUCAGCCUAGCGUCUCACGUGAUUUUAAACCGAGAGAGAAAAGUAGUCUUUGUCACAGAGGAAGUCGGUGCCAGACUCCGCUGGUCUCAGUUCACUGAGAAAGGGAGAGGCUUCCUUUUGAUUUCUUAUGAGAAUAACGUCGAACUAGUAGUGCUUGAUGGAAACACAAAACCCUCAGCAUGGACAAAUUAUUGAGAUAAGUGUUGAUGUUCCUGAUGGAGGGAGUAGUGUUGGUGGCAGUAAGAUAUGUGGGGAAGCACCUUGUGGAUUCUCAGAUGCUGGAGCUAUUUACAAAGAUACCAGAGAACGAUCAGCUUCCAUGCGCAAGCUCUUGGUGGCAGUGGCACUUUGUGUAAUCUUUAUGAGUGUUGAAGUAGGUGGUGGCAUCGUGGCCAACAGUCUUGCAAUAUUGACUGAUGCUGCCCAUUUGCUUUCAGAUGUUGCAGCCUUUGCUAUCUCCUUGUUGUCUUUAUGGGCAGCUGGCUUCCCAGCCACGCCCCGUCUGUCCUAUGGAUUCUUUAGGGUUGAGAUUCUAGGUGCAUUGGUUUCCACGCAGCUCAUUUGGUUGCUUGCUGGGAUUUUGGUAUAUGAAGCCAUUUAUAGGCUCAUUCAUGAUACAGGUGAGGUAAACGGCUUUGUAAUGUUUCUAGUUGCAGCAUUUGGUCUGGUGGUGAAUGUCAUCAUGGCUCUUUUGUUGGGCCAUGAUAAUGGACAUGGAUAUGGCCAUGGCCAUGAUGAUCACAAUCAUAAGAUUGAACACAGCCAUGGGAAGAAAAUUACCACUCAUCACCGCCAUCAUCAUGAGGAGCGAUUGCAAGAGGAGCACCACCCUGUGUCUGAAGAAACUGCUGUACCAUUGCUGGAUGAGGGAAAAGGCAAGCAUGUAAAAACACACCGUAAUAUAAAUGUGCAAGGGGCUUAUCUCCAUGUGCUUGGGGAUUCAAUUCAGAGUAUUGGGGUAAUGAUUGGAGGUGCAAUCAUAUGGUAUAAGCCUGAGUGGAAGAUAGUUGACCUCAUAUGCACACUAAUUUUUUCAGUUGUAGUUUUAGGUACAACGAUCAAAAUGUUGCAUAACAUACUUGAAAUCUUGAUGGAGAGCUCUCCAAGAGAGAUAGAUGCAACAAAGCUAGAGAUGGGGCUGUUGGAGAUGGAGGAAGUGAUGGCCAUUCACGAGCUGCAUAUAUGGGCCAUCACAGUGGGCAAAGUCCUCUUAUCUUGUCAUGUUAAAAUCAGACCAGAGGCAAAUGCUGACAUGGUUCUUGACAAUGUGAUAAACUACAUCAGAAGGGAAUACAAUAUUAGUCAUGUUACCAUCCAGAUAGAACGGUAGUGGUGGAAAUGGAUUGACUCAUAGUAUCUGGGGCCUCUUGUUUCUGAAACUUCCAAUUUUUCUAUCAUGUGAAUGCAACUCUGUUGUCUUUGCAGUGAUGGCUUAUCUGUUCAGCUAUAAAAUUGAUUAGGUCGUAGAUAUAAAAAUAGUAUCUAUACUUGUAUGACUACUGCUUGUCUAUGUAAUAUCUAGAUUUUGCAAUUGCAGAAUUUCUCUCUUGGAGUUCCUUGAGUCUUUGCUUUCUUUUCAUCUCAUCCAAAUUACCAAAUAAGUGUCACGUGUGCAAACAUUAUUCAUCUUUAGGAAGAAGUUUCUCUUGAGACAUGGAAAGGAACUUGCAUCCUUCUUCAAUACAAGACACCCAUAGUCACUGGGAGUUGGGGUCUACCAAUGAUAAUUUACAAGUAUCACAAGAAUUGUUUGGUAAAAUCACAGCUGGAAGCAUGAUCUUUAGAGGUGGGGGGGCUUGUGGCAUCCAAUUGAGUGCAUAAGAUUUGUUACUCAUGAGAGUGGGAUGCCUCUGGUUGUAAGGCUUAAGCCUUUGUAUAUGCCUUGGUGUUUUUUAUAGGUUGUAAAUAGACGCCUCAUAUCAAAAUGGAUGAGAAUUUUAUAAAUUAUAUUUCUUUUUGUAAAUUUGAGUUUCAUGAAUCUUUGUCACUUCUGCUUAUAAUACUUGUCUGAGCUGUUUGAUUGCUUUUCUUGAUGUAGAAAGGAGGAAGCCACCAUGUGAGACGACGAUUGAGAAUGAAUAAUUUGAAGGGCUCAUGAAACUGGCGACACUGUGAAAGGUCUGAUAGCAACAAGCGGGUUAAUUUUUGUCUCUGCUUAGUUUCUCUGAAAUUGAGAGACAUGGUGCCUUGAUCAUCAGGUAAUCUACCGACCAAUCAGUAGAAGAGGACAUUGUGAAGCUGUAAGUGGGUGUUUAGCAAUUUCCCAAUUUGUGCUCUUGGUUUCAGAAGUUAGGCUUUGUAGGGUAAUGGUGGAUGAAAUUUAACAAGUGGAAAAAGAAAUAUUUAGCAAUUUCCCAAUUUGUGCUCUUUGUUUCAGAAGUUAGGCUUUGUAGGGUAAUGGUGGAUGAAAUUUAACAAGUGGAAAAAGAAAACUCUUUCAUU